AUGUCUCCCAAACAGAGGAAGCCAUCCCGCCAGAAAAAGCAAACCUCCGAUUCCUCCGCGAGCCCUAUCCACCCGACCAAUUACCGAGAAAUCCACCAGACAGAGGUCGAGGCCCUGCGCUCAAUCUAUGGCGAUGACUUUGAAGAAGUAGAGAACAAACGUUCAGCCUGGCAGCAAACCUCCAAUGUGACAUUCAAUCUCCACCUUCGAUCCUCGUCUAAUCCAGAUGUCAUACUUAUUCUACAGGUGGAACUACCUGCCACUUAUCCGAAAACAAUUCCCAAUCUGUCACCAGGCAACCUCGACGGGUUUCGCGAUGGAGCCCGGUCCAGAAUCCAAGACAUCAUCCGCACCAAACCUAAUACGCUUCUCGGCAGUGAAAUGAUUUAUGAGCUAGCUGUAUCUAUACAGGAUGUGUUGGAAGAUGUAGCUCAGGCUCAAGCCCAGGACAAGGACUUGCCGAGCCUCGAAGAAGAGCGUAUGGAGCAAGAGGCCGCAGCUCUUCAACGUGCAGAUCUCGAGCAACAGGAGGAACUACGAAAACAGAAAGCGGCAGCAGCUGAAGAAGAGCGCGCAUUGCAGGAAAUGCUACGAGAUAAAAUGCGACAGCGGAACAAGGCCCGCAUUUUAAGACGAAAGAGUCGAACUGGGGGAGCGGACACGAGCGACACGGAUGACCUGGUGGGCAAUACCCCCGGUGCUAUUUGCUUCGAUCCCCCAUUGGUGGUCAAUGACACCGACGAGCAGCCACUGGUCUUCCGGGCCGUGCACGGCAAGACCCUAGUGCAAGGAAAACCGGGAAAGAAGACUUUCACCGUCAGGCCGGUGGUUUCAGAGAGCAGAUGCCAUGUGCCGUUGCUCGUUCUCAAAGAGUUGUGUCUGACUGAGAAGGGAUCCGAAGCGCUGGUCUUCCGAGAGCAAAUGCGGACCAGUGAGGACAAGUUGGAGGCCAUCAAGCGACUGCGACAUUCAAAUUUGGUUGAAUUUGUCGGUUUCAAGAUCAAUCGCCCUCUUGGUCACUUCAACUCGUCCGAUAAUGCCUGGACCGUUUUUGCCCUCUUGGAGCAUGCGAACAAAGGGUCCCUCUCCGAGUUACUCGAUAUAGUUGGAACUGUGGCUGUGGACAUGCUGCGUGGUUGGAUGAUCCAGUUACUUGAAGCCUUGGAAUUUUACCACCGAAGUGGAUUUGUACAUGGUAACAUCCACUGUGGCCGAGUCUUUCUGUUUCGAACUCCCUCUGGGGGAACUAUUGUUAAACUUCAAUCUAGCAUUGAAGAAGCGCUGCCUGAUUCUCCUUGCGUGAAGCCCUCUUGGACCGCAUCGAAAUCGCCACUUUGGUUACCCCCAGAGUUGACUCAAGAUCAUCCUUCUCCCUCGAUGAAGACCGACGUUUGGGACCUUGGAAUCGUUCUUCUACAGAUGGGCUUUGGAAAAGAUGUCCUCCUUCGAUACACCUCUGCCAAUCAAUUGAUGGUGUCUAUGGGACUCUCACCCCCACUGCAGGAUCUACUGCGAGAGUUUUUCCGGCCAGAUCCUAGGAAGCGUCCGACUGCUUUCCAGCUCCAACCGUCGGAAUUCUUCCGCGUCGAUGCCCCUCUCAAAAUGCGCGACAGAGAUUCUGGCUCUGUCUCAUCGCACAGGCGACCGCGAUUGGACUCAUUUGGAGCCAUGCCGGCCUUCUCUCGUUACCACCAAGACUUCGAUGAAGCAGGUCAACUGGGCCGUGGUGGCUACGGACAAGUAGUUAAAGCCCGAAACAAACUGGAUGGCCGAUUGUACGCAGUCAAGAAGAUUUCUCAAACUUCGGCGACGGCGUUGAAAGACACGCUCUCUGAAACGAUGCUGUUAUCUCGACUGAAUCACCCCUACGUCGUCCGAUACUACACUGCUUGGCUGGAAGAAGACUUCAAUCAUAUUGAAGAAGAGGCUAUGUCGUCCACUGAAGGUGAUUCCUUUUCCAGUCAGGAACACCACGGUUUCAGCACAGGAGGUCUUGAUUUCAUCAGUUCCAGCGGGUAUCCAAAGAUCGAGUUCGCUGGGUCAGAUAGCGACGAUGAGAAUGAAGGAACCUUGUCCGACCCUGCUCAUCCAGGUACACCGGAGACGCACCGAGUCAAUGGAAACGGCACUGGCACCGGAACUGGAACUGGCAGCGCAGAAAGUGCUGAGUUUAGUCGUGCGCGAUCUGGCUCUUAUUCCAGGCCUCUUGUUACCACGCUCUACAUUCAGAUGGAGUAUUGUGAGAAGCACACGUUACGUGAUUUGAUCAGAAAUGGCUUAUGCGAUGACAUUGAGAGCUCGUGGCGCCUGUUCAGACAAGUACUCGAUGGCCUGAGUCACAUCCACAGCCAUGGCAUCAUUCACCGAGAUUUGAAGCCAGAUAAUAUUUUCAUCGAUGUCGCGAACAAUCCUCAAAUCGGUGACUUUGGCCUUGCCACAAGCGGCCAAUUCACUACUGCAGUACGCUCAUCUGCAGCUGCUGACUUCGAAGGUGACUUUACGCGCAGUCUCGGUACAACGUACUACGUCGCACCCGAAAUGAAAUCAGUAGUCUCAGGGCAUUACAACGAAAAGGUUGAUAUGUUCUCGCUCGGUGUCAUCUUCUUUGAGAUGUGUCACCCUCUGCCAACCGGCAUGGAAAGGGAUCAGACCCUCCGUGAGAUCAGAGAAAAGUCUCAUACUCUUCCAUCCACCUUCCAGCAAUCCGACAAAGUGCUUCAGGGUCGGAUCAUUGAGACGUUGCUGAGCCACACACCGAGUCAACGCCCAACUGCAUCUGAGCUUCUUUCAAGCGGGAAAAUCCCGUUACAGGUUGAGGAGGAGACAUUUAGACGAGCCAUCGUGCACUUGCUCUCGGAUCCUAAUUCUCCAGAUUACAAAAAGAUUUUGUCGGCAAUUUUCUCGCAGUCGCCCAAGAAAUUCGAAGACAUUGCCUGGGACAUAGACUCGCAUGCAGUGCCAGCGGCCAAUGAGUUACUUGUACAGGGUCUCGUCAAGAAGAAACUGACCUCGAUUUUCCGGAGACAUGGUGCCGUUGAGUCAACCCGACAGAUGCUCUUCCCCCGAUCUCAGCAUUACAACAACGGCGCAGUACGGGUAUUGGACGCCUCAGGCAACCUGUUGCAGCUACCAUACGACCUCACCCUUCCAAAUGCUCGAGCAAUUCCCAGACAAGACCGGUCGCUGGAGAAGACCUUUGCAUUCGGCACAGUCUACAGAGAAUCUACCCAUGGCAGCGAACCACGAACGCACCGUGAGGUCGAUUUCGAUAUUGUGUCUCAUAAUACUUUGGAUCUGGCCCUGAAAGAGGCAGAGGUCAUCAAAGUGCUGGAUGAAAUCAUCGAAGAGUUCCCACCUUUGCGGUCUACUCCCAUGUGUUUCCUUGUCAAUCAUUCCGACCUGCUGCAGCUGAUUAUGGAAUUCUGUCGCAUCACGCCUUCCCAAAUCCCCAAAGCAAAGGAGGUUCUCAGCAAGUUGAAUGUUGGAAAAUAUACCAUGCAGAAGAUACGGAGUGAGCUCCGAGCUCCGGCAAUCGGUGUUGCUUCAACUUCGCUGGAUGACCUUGCGCGAUUCGACUUUAGAGAUUCCUCUAAGGAGACCCAGCGCCGUCUGCAAAGCAUCAUGGAGGGAACUGAAUAUGCCGAACGAGUUUCACCGAUUUUCGCCCGCUUGAAUGUGCUGAUGACCUAUCUGCAGAGCUUUGGCGUGAAGCGCAAGGUCUACAUCAACCCAUUGAGCAGUGUACAUGACAAGUUCUAUCGUGGCAGUGUUUUGUUCCAAUGUGUUUUCGACAGCAAACGGCGGGAUGUGUUCGCUGCUGGUGGUAGAUACGACCGGUUGAUCCAAGAACAUUCACCUAACGUUCUGUCAAAUCGUCCCCAGGCCCAUGCAGUCGGCUUUAACCUUGGCUCGGAUCGACUUCGCUCGUCAAUGAUUGACUAUCUCAAGGCCAAGGCCCCAUCAAAAGAGUCUGAAGCAGGACCUGAGUUAUACUGGGCUGCCCGUCGUUGUGAUGUACUUGUCGCCAGUUUUGACGCAACUGUUCUUCGUACAACUGGAGUCAAGCUCAUCGAGGAGCUCUGGUCCAACAACAUAAGUGCAGAGCUUGCAGUUGACGCCUCAUCUCUCGAGGAGCUCAUGGCCAAAUACAAAGACUCCAACCACCGAUGGAUCGUGAUCGCCAAACAAGACAGCAAAGAGCGAGGAUUCAAAGUCCGCAAUUUGAUGCGCAAGGAAGAAUUCGACAUCCGUACCGCCGAACUUGUAACAUGGCUUCGAUCAGAAGUGCAGGCGCGCCACCACCGCGAGGGAACCGUCGAACCUCGUCCCUCCCGUCAACCAAGCCAGCAAGAGGCACUAGCGUUCCAAGAACGGGCAAACGAUGUGCGAAUCCUCGUUCCACAGCACCGCAGCAAGAAGACGAAUAGAAGAAAUAUCGUUGAGUCAGCACUGGUUUCAUCACACGAAGUAGCAGAGAAUGCACGCAACGGCCCUGUUGCAGCAAUCGACACUCGCGACGAAGUCCUCGACGCCAUUCGAAAUACCCGACUCUCCGACGCAGAAAGCUGGCGCACAGUUAUCCAGAACGCACCACUCACAGAACGGAAAUAUCUAAGCCAAGUGCACGAGCUACUCGCCGAUCUGGCGAUUGAGAACCGUGCAAACGACAGCUCAGAAAGCCACACGAAUGCGUUUAUCUACAACUAUCGAACAGGAUCAUGUGUCUACUACGACCUUGGUCCCUAA